GAUGAAUGUAAAUGUUAAAGAUGGCGGCGGAUGGAGGAGGGAAGGAGAUGAACGAGAUCAAGAGUCAGUUCAGCACGCGGGAAGGUGCGUAUAAACUCCUCACGCACUCCGAAUACAGCCGACCGAACCGCGUGCCCUUCAACUCUCAGGGCUCGAACCCCGUCCGAGUCACGUUCGUCAACGUCAACGACCAGUCCGGGAACGGCGACAGAAUCUGCUUUAAUGUGGGCCGGGAGCUUUACUUCUACAUCUAUAAAGGCGUCCGGAAGGCAGCUGAUUUGAGUAAGCCGAUAGACAAGAGAAUAUACAAGGGAACGCAGCCCACGUGUCAUGACUUCAACCAUCUCACAGCCACGGCCGAGAGCGUAUCACUGCUGGUGGGUUUCUCGGCCGGGCAGGUCCAGCUCAUUGACCCCAUCAAGAAAGAGACGAGCAAACUCUUUAAUGAAGAAAGACUUAUAGAUAAAUCUAGAGUAACAUGUGUGAAGUGGGUGCCAGGCUCCGAGAGUCUCUUCCUAGUCGCUCAUUCCAGUGGAAACAUGUACCUGUAUAAUGUGGAGCACACAUGCGGCACCACAGCGCCUCAUUACCAGCUGCUCAAGCAGGGCGACAACUACGCUGUUCAUACCUGCAAGAGCAAGUCCACGCGCAACCCUCUGCUCAAGUGGAUGGUCGGGGAGGGAGCGCUGAACGAGUUUGCCUUCUCUCCCGAUGGGAAGUUCCUGGCCUGCGUGAGUCAGGACGGUUUCCUGCGGGUCUUUAACUUUGAUGCGGUCGAACUGCACGGGACCAUGAAAAGUUACUUCGGCGGGCUUCUUUGUGUGUGUUGGAGCCCGGACGGCAAGUACAUCGUAGCAGGCGGUGAGGACGAUUUAGUGACCGUGUGGUCAUUCGUGGACUGUCGGGUGAUCGCACGCGGACACGGACACAAGUCUUGGGUUAGCGUGGUGGCGUUCGACCACUACACAACCAGCGUGGAGGAGAGCGACCCCAUGGAGUUCAGCGGCAGCGACGAGGACUUCCAGGAUCAGAUCCACUUUGGCCGCGACCGGGCUAACAGCACGCAGUCACGCCUCUCCAAACGCAACUCAACGGACAGCAGGCCGGUGAGUGUCACGUAUCGCUUCGGCUCGGUGGGGCAGGACACUCAGCUUUGCCUAUGGGACCUCACGGAGGACAUCCUCUUCCCUCACCUUCCCCUGUCCCGGACAAGGACACACACUAACGUGAUGAACGCCACCAGUCCGCCCGCCACAGGAAGCGGAGGCGGCGCCGCGGUGAUCACGACGACUAACAACCCGAGCGCCAAUGGCAGUAACAACAGCGGUGCGAGCACGCCGGGCAACUCACUCCCAGCGACACUGCCGCGCUCCAACAGCCUGCCACACUCGGCCUCUGGCAGCGCCAACAGCAAGAGUGCCGUCUCGGAUAACCCCAUCGCCACCGGCGUAAGCAAGUUCGCCACGCUCUCGCUGCACGACCGCAAAGAUCGGCAUCCCGAAAAAGACCACAAACGCAAUCACAGUAUGGGUCACAUAAGCAGCAAGAGCAGCGAUAAACUCAACCUGCUCACCAAAACCAAAACGGACCCCGCCAAGACCCUGGGCACGCAGAUGUGCCCUCGUAUGGAGGACGUGCCCUUGCUCGAACCGCUCAUCUGUAAAAAGAUUGCACACGAGAGACUCACAGUUCUCAUCUUUCUAGAAGACUGUAUCGUUACCGCUUGUCAAGAGGGAUUUAUUUGCACAUGGGCGAGACCCGGCAAAGUGGGUUUAUUGUCAUCACAAAAUCAAGCCAACUCUCCGAGCGGAACAGUCGUAUAGCCAAUAAGACACAAUAUUCCUGCUGCUAGGAGCCGCAUCUCGCCGCGCUGCUCUUCAUUGAUUUCUCUUUAUCCUCUCGGUUCUUGAUAUCUUCCUCGCCGGUGGCCCGUGUGAUCAGUUAACACGCUGAAUUUGUGCAUCAGUGGAAAGGAUGUGCCGCUAAAAUGCAGUUCCUUUUAUUUUUUCCUCUUUUCCCAAGUAUUUAUUUGGAUUUUGUUGUUGUUUUCACUCUCACUUUAUGAUUUUUAUCUCUGGUGUAUUUGAAGCUUGGUUAAGGUGUGGGAAAUCAUUUAAUCAUGGGUGAAUACGAGUCUGCCUUGAACUCGGUACACUGCGAGAUCUAGUGGUGAAAACGAGAGGCAACGAACCCAAGACUCACUUCAUCCCGAUUCCAUUUUAAUAAGGUUUAUUUUCAUCCUCUUUCAUACGGAAUAGAAUCAAGUCCCGUUGUUGAAAACUUUGCACUGAUUUUAUUUUGGUUUUUUUUGUAACUAUAAAGGAUAAAAAGACAAAAAAAGAAAAAAGAGGUUUGGGGAAGGCCUUGACACUCUUGGCUUUAAUAUCCUCUGUCUUGAAAUUUGAAUCUGAAAAAGCUGGAUGCUGCAAUCAUAGUUUUUUUAAAAGAAAAUUCGUUUGCACUUAAUAGUUUAUUAGAAGAGAAUGGCUUUACAUUUUUGUGUGCGAGGACUCACGGACCGGUAUAACAGAGAAUUAUGACUUUUUAUCUAUUGAGCAUUUAUUUUAAUAUUGUUUCGGAUAAAAAUCUGCUUUGUAUUAUAUGUAUAAUAUUGUAAUUCAGUGAUUUAAUGGGACAAAAGCAAAUGAUCAGUACUCUAGAGGACGUUUUGUCAUCAUUACAGGAAAUAGUGAUAUUUCUGAAGCAGAAAAAUAUACAUAUUAAUAAUAUUAAAAAAUUAUCUUAAAUAUGCAGGUUUCUGUUUUUUGUUUUUCUUCCUGUCUCUUGUACAAAUUCAUCCAAAUGUAUUUUGAUAGAUUAAUGUAUGAGAGAUUUGGCGGAGCUGAAACGCUUAAUUGUUAUUACAGAUGUUAAUCUGCUCAAAUCAAAUGUAUGAAGCUCAGGAAGUUUAAAUGACAAAGAAAACAUCUUAUGAUAGAGAUUCAAAAGUUCAUAUUUUGCUUCUCAACAGCAAAGUUAUUCUAUGUAACACUAAGAAAUACCCAGUAAAAACACCUCUGUUACAGUGUGACACUAUUGAACAUAAUAAUGGACCAUUUUUUGUGACUACCAAUCAUUGUUCAUGAAAUAUACACUAACAGGCGACAGUGUGGAAGUGCUCAUAUUUCUGAUUCAUGUGGUCAACAUUCGACAUUUCACAUUUUGUUCUUCAUUAAAAACAAGUCUAUGGA